AUGAUCAAUGAUUUAGAAGAACAUAAAAAUUAUAACGUAGAAAUAUCCAUUGAUUCCAAAUCAGGGACUCAAGGAGAAAAAUCUGGAGAAGAAAUUGACAAUGUGUGUGUAGAAAACAGGGAAAAUGCUUUUUAUGACAUUUCCCAAGAAACGGAACACUCAUCGGAGCAAAGGAAUCACGAAAAAAACGAAUUAAACAAUUUUUAUGAUUUAACCGAAGUAAAAGGGAAAAAAGAAGAAGUUAUAUGCAUAAGUUCAAAUUCGACAAAUGUUGUUAAAAGCGGAAGUUCAGGUUCUUCAGUUGGAAACGGAAAUGAAGAAAAAGGAAAUUUAGAAGUUAGGGAUGAUCAAAUUGUGCCCAUAGAAGAACCGAAGGAUGAUUACAACACUGCGAACUGCGGUGAUGUGUGUGAUACAACUGGAAGAAGCAUAAAUGAGAACAACACAACAAGUGAAAGCGGCACUAAGGAGAACAGUAUACCCAAUGGAAGAGCUACUAAUGGGAAUAACAGUCGAGGUGGCAGCCUUAACGAAGACAAUAAUGACAGAAAUUACAAUAAAGAGGAGAAAACUAGGUACGUGCUAUGCAACAUUUGCGCCGAUAUUAUGGAAAAAUCCAUUUUUCAGGAUCAUUUAUAUGCACACACGCUAGAAUCUCCAGAAAAAAAUGAAAAAAAUGAAAAAAAUGAAAAAAAUUGUGCAUAUGAAAAGCAAAAGAACCCCAAUAAUGGCCUAUUCGACACAAGGAAUAAGAGCUUCUAUACUAAUUUAAACUCAGACAGAAACAAGCAAAACAGAUGUGCAUUAAAACGUUCCUUCAAUGACACCAAUUAUUUUAUUAACAACUCUGAAACAAUUUUAACUGAUAAUAAUGAACAUCAUGAUGAGAAUGAUCGAAUUUUCGACAUGGUUUAUAAUUACAAUUCCAAUCUUGACCGAUUUAGAAACAACCCAGCGAUUAUCAAUAAAAGGAACAAUAACAGCUUAAUUUGCAUUUCCGAAAAGAAGAGCAACAUGGUAGAUAACAAAAAUAACAAUUCCAUAAAUAACUUAUGCAACAAAGAUGUAAGUGCGCAAAAUGUAAUAGAAAUGGUAAACCCAAGGGAAAAUAAAGUAGAAGAAAUUUUAUCGGUCAACAGAAAUGUAACAAGAAAUGAAGAAGAGCGAAAAUUACCCAAUACAUUAGAAUCUAACAGAACUGGUGUUGAUAAUUACUUGUCUGCUAUGAGAGAAUCCCUUUCUGCCAUUUUUCCUGACCCGAACGCAUCAUCAUUUGAAAAAUGUACCACCAGUAACAACACAGACAAUUAUAAAAGCGAGGAACAUCCUAAUAGUGUUAUUAGCGACAUACAUUCCAUGAUAAGCGCAAUACAGGCUAACGUAAAAAGGGCUGCAGAAAAAUCGGAAAACAGAGGUAAUAUUAACAGUGCAAGUGCAGAUAUAGACAGUUUUGUAAAUAAAAGCAUGAGUUCCAUACUCACGAAUAUAGAUGACAUGAAGGAAAACAAUAGGAAUGGAAAAAAUAAUGAUUCUGUUGAUGUGUUAGAUAAAAAAUUGAAGAAAAUAUACCAACGUUUAGAUGAUGUGAAUAAAAAAAUUAAAGCUGCAAUAGAAAAUGAUAUAGAUAUUUUAGGAAAUGGAAAUAAUCGCACCGACGACAGGAACAACAUUGUCAACACCAUCAGCGGGGGCAUUUUUAACAGAACCAGCAUCACUAUUGUUAAUAGCACUGAUGGAGGUAACGGGUCCGAGAUGCCUAGCGGAAGUGUCAGCCACAUAAGCAAUGGAAACGUUAUCCACAUGAACAGCGCCACCAGCAACAGUGGGAACGUUAAUAUCAGUAGAAGCAACAGUUACCGAGAUAGCAAUUCCAGUGAGGAAGCCAUCAAUCAUGGAAGACAGAGCAAUUUUUACAGCACAAAUGGAUCAGGUGCGCAGGAAUUCAAUAGUAGAGAUGGAAGAACCUUUUUUCAUAAUCAGAAUGUAUUUUCAGACGAAAGUUUCUUUACAGGGAUACCAGCAGAUUCAGCGCAUACAUAUUUCUCCCAGCCAUGUGAAAAUCCGUAUAACGAAAUAGUACGUACAGAAAGUGGAAGCAUUAAUGAUAUAAAUUAUUUAUAUUCCAAUUUGGUAGACAGAUAUCCAUGUAUUUGUGAAAAUUCGGGUUUUUCCCAUUUUGACAAUAACUCUAACAAUAUAUGGCCCUUAAGAAGAGUAACAAACAGCAACACGUACAGAACUUCUAAUGACUCAGCAAAUUCUAGGCGUAUCAAAGGAGCGAAUAACAUGAGCAUGAAUUCUAAUAUGUUUAAUUACCGAAACGAAGGGAGUAACAGUGCCCAUAAUCACAUUUCUCGCACAAACAAUGGAAGAAAUGCGAGCACUUCUAUGAAUGGAACCAUGGGAUACAAUUUAAUUAAUAAUGGUGUAAGGGCAUAUCCUGCCGACCUUCCCUCCAGCAAUCCAUUUCUCUUCAUGGCAAAUAGACACAACAGAAACAUCAGGAGUGAUGUUAGAACGAAUCAAGUUGUUAACACCGUUACGAACAAUUACAGUUUUAUCAGCACUAGUAGAAAUAGCAUAAGUAAUAGAAAUGCGAACCAGGGCCCUGGAAGAAUCCACAAUGGGAAUAGCAACAUUGGAAGUACAUCUAUCAUUAACAUAAAUAACUUCAAUUGUGUUACCACGAAUAACAAUUAUAACAAUAACAGAACUGCUCCUAUGGGAGGUGCUGUCGGUGCGCCUAUUGGUCCUGUUGGCCCUCCUGCUGGUUUUCCUGUAGGUGCUCCUGUGGGAUUUCCCGCGGUCGGUGCUGCACAUCCUUCCGUUAAUGCGGCUAUAAUGGUUGGAAGAGAAUUAGCUAGACCCCCCGGCCCGCGCACGGGUGGAAGGGCAGGAACAAUUGGAGUAGGACCCUGUGGGCAAGGAGUUGCUCCUCCCGUUCUCGGUCCACCUACGAGUACGUGUUCGUCCAGGGUUAGCACUACAACUGUGAGAGCGAACACUGAAGGAAAUUUAAAUCCCCUUUUCAGCUUUCACGCUUUCCCGCCACGCGGUGCCAGCAGGACCAACCGCAGCAAUGGCCCAAACAAUAACAACAAUAACAAUAAUAUCACGAGGAACAACACCCGCAACGUUAAUAAUGGCUCCACGAUGCCUGGCUCCCUGAGCGCAAGCUCAACUGACGAGGUCACCAUUAGCAGCGAUCGACCAAGAGCAAGAGACAAUCCGUUUGGCGCAAAUUUAAGAAGAGAACAAACCUUAACUCGAACCAACGAAAGGACCAAUAGGACUGUAAAUAGGAGCACACGAGGGGUGACCAAUACGUCUAGCAGUACGAGAGAACAACAUGCAAGUGGAAAUAAAAAAAUAGGCACGCGCGCAAAGUUAAAGGAAAAUAAUGAUUACCUAAUUGUGCACUUUGAUAUAAAAAAAAACGAAAAUAACAACUUAAAAAUAUGUUCCAUUUGUUACGAAAAUUACCAGCACAACGAAUCUCUCAUAUUCUUGCCUUGCACACACAAUUUUCACAAAGCCUGUAUAAUUGAGUGGAUAAAUAAAAAAUCAACUUGUCCAAUUUGCAAAAUUAACAUUAAAAAUUUUUAA